GGGGCGGAGGCGGCGUGGCCGCGCUGCGGGAAGGGCGAGCGGGGCAGACGGAGCCGGGGCUCCGCGCCCUCGGGCAGGAUUCAGCGUUCUCAUCCCUCGGCUCCCGCCUGGCUGAGCCAGAGCCCUUCGCGCUGCACUUUACAGCCUGGCACCUUGAUGGAAACAGAUGUUGAUGGUGGUCCGAGAUAUUUGUGGGGGUUAAAAGACUUGAACUGCAGCUGAAUAAAACAAGGGCUGAAAAUUGAAGGAUGGCAGCAAAUCCUUCAGGACAAGGUUUCCAGAAUAAAAAUAGGGUUGCAAUCCUGGCAGAACUAGACAAGGAGAAGAGAAAGUUACUUAUGCAAAACCAGUCUUCCACAAAUCACCCUGGAGCCAGCAUUGCACUUACAAGAUCACCUCUGAAUAAGGAUUUUCGUGAUCAUGCUGAGCAACAGCACAUUGCAGCACAACAGAAGGCUGCACUGCAGCACGCACAUGCACACUCCUCAGGAUACUUCAUAACUCAAGACUCUGCAUUUGGAAAUCUUAUUCUUCCUGUCUUACCUCGACUUGAGGCAGAAUGAGGAAUGCUGUUUGUCUCAGAAAUUCAGGAUCGGAUUUUUGUUCAUACCAGGAGCUGUCUGACCUUUUAAUUACUUAUGUAUCUUAAAACCUACUUUUUCUGGGUUUUUACAAAUGCCAUUCAGGAGCGAGAGCUCUAGUAAUGGAGAAAAUUUGUGUUGAAAAUUUUUUAUCCCAUAUUUCUGUUCCUCUGUCGGGUCAAAGUCAAAUGCAAGGCUUUUCUUGGAGUUUGAAGUGCACAGGGUUUGCUCUUCCCUGUUUCAGUGCUUCCUUUAAAUAAAUGUCCAAACCAGAGUCACCAAGAGAUGCACAAUCUGUCUGCAUUUGUGUUUCUUUUUGUUAUGUACAGGUAUGAUUUUUGUAAUGAUUAAUGCAAAUUAUUUCUGUCCAUCAGAACAGACACGAAUUUGUCAAAUGCGUCAGCCAGUCUUCCUCCCCCACCCUCUCCUAUGCAGGAACAUUUCUGGUGUACUGUUUGCCAUUGUAGUAUCAUCUGGUCUCAAGUCUUGGUUAGUGUGCUUGCCUCUUACCUUGUUUUGUGAAAUGCGAAAAAUGAAUUAAAGUGGGGAAAAAAGCAAAUGUUUAACAGUCUUUUUACAGACUAAAAUAAAAAGUCAAAAGUCCUUUGGACAUUUCAGAUGGAAAGUGCUGUCUGCAAAGACAAUUCCAUUUAAAAGGUCAAAUUUUUCUAGUCAUGUCUUUUUCAAUACUCAUUGUGUUUUAUUUUUGUUCACUUUUUUCCCUGGUGUUUUUGUCUAUGGUAAAUAGUUCCAGCUUCCUGCUGAAAGAAGAUCUAUUGAGCUUAAGGUAAAUUAUUUUGGAACUGUGAUUGUGCUACCAGGAUAAAAUAACUUAGAGUGAAAAAUAGUCCUUACAUAGACUUUCUUAUAUCUCCACAGCUUUACUUAUACAGUUAUGCUACUAUAUUGAUUGCUUUGCUUAUGGAAGCAAGUUUUAGAAACAGAAAAGAACAGGAAAACUUACGUAAGAACAAUAAAUCAGAAAGCAUCUGUUAAACUGCUGUCCAUUUGAAGCACCUCUGUCCUUUGUCCUUAGCUGUCCCAUGAAGUUUCCAGCGUUGUAGUUGGCAUUUCCUUAGGGACAUCUAGGGUAUUCUGUUUCUAUAUGCAGGAGAUUGCCUGGACCCAAUAAGCACUACUGAGCUAUCUGUUUGUAUUUCACUGUUAGUAUUUUCAGUAAUCAUGAAUACAGACCAAUUACCAAGAGAUGGUGCAGGUAUGAGGAAAAUACCACUGCUUUCAGGUACCUCAGCUGAGUAUAGGCAUUUGAAGAAACUGGAGCAUACGGAAACAUUUUCAGGAAGGAGAAUCUUCUGGACCCAGCCUAAUAGAGCUUAAAGAUGUGCAAUUUUAACAAGAACUAUUCAUACCAUAUGCUUUUUUUCUGGAUUCUGAUGUGAUGAGUCACAGGAAUGAUGAUAGUUUUUGUGGGCAGUGGAGAAAGAAGUCACUUCUAUUUUCAGUGGUUGGCUCUGUAUAGCUUUUUAGUUACCAAGAGUGCAUAUGAAAUUACCAUAUGAAAUUGUCCUGACUGUUCAAUAUUCUGCAGUGUGAGCUGCAUAUCUUAGAUGCUUUGAAGAAAAAGAUGUGCAAAUCUCAGUGUGAAAGAGGCAGCUGUGAAUCUGUCCAACCUGGAAACACAAAGGCAAAGGUCUUAAAAGAAGAUGCAGCAGAAAGCAUGGAUUUUAUAUUUGAGUUGAAUUUAACAUUAAAGGAGCUCUGUGCUAAAAAUUUGAA